AUGCCAAAAGUUAAAAUACAAGCACCUAGAUCUCGUUCUAGUUCACCAUCUGAAGUUGUACGUGAAGCCGGCCGAAUGCCCAUCGCUCGACAAGAAAUAGAUCUUAGCAAUGAGCCUCAUGAAGUGGUACACUUGGUAAAUGAGCUCGUUCGUGAAUAUGGUGAUAUUCGAACAACAAAACGAAUAGAUCAUUUAUGGAAUUCUUCGGUCAAUACUAGAGCUAAAACCAUCCCACGUCCACAAAAUUGUUUUAUACUUUUUCGCAACGAUAUAACCGCCGAGUACAAUCCACAAAAAGGUGAUCAUAAUCUUGGUGAUGGCGAUAAGAAAAGAACUGGGAAAAACGUUCCAAAGUCGUCUAAAAUCGCAAAAGAAAGAUGGGCUGCUAUCAAGAGAGAUAACCAGCAUGAAUACCAAUUUUGGAUAAAAUUAACAGAAAUUGCGAAACUAAAGCACACAUUACUAUAUCCAAAUUAUAAAUACUCUCCGGUAAGAAAUAAAGAAUCGAGGAACAAUACUGGUAAAAAACGUAAAAGAUCAAACAACACAAAUCAACAACACGUCCAAGAUCAAGAAUACAAAACACCACCUACUCCUUUGAUAACUUCAAACAUGCCACCUGUUAUGACGAGCUCAGAAUCUCUGACAUCCCAUUUUAUUAUCCUCCCAGACACCGUCCAUCUUAAUGCUGAUGAUAUCAAUAUUGCUACAAAACGACUUCAGGAUGAAAAAUCCGCAGAAAUAAGAUCGGACAAAAAUUCAGCGUUGUUACAGACAAAGAACAUAGUACAAACUUUACCUGAUCAUAGUAGAUCAUAUCAAAAUAAUUUGACAAGUUCUGAUUUGACACAGCUUUUACCUAUCAGGCCUUCUUCAAAUAGUCAACAGAUGAUCUAUACUUACCCCAAUACAUCAACACAAAUACCAGGGAUGACAACUCACUACACACCUAUGUAUAAAGAAAGACGAAGUUCCUCACAUUAUUUGUCGCCUACGAUCAUGGAACAGCAGAUCAUCCCUUCUCAACAAAAUAUUGCUGCUCAAAUAACACAACAAUAUUUAACCUCAAGUGGUAUGAUGCCUGCAGGUCAACAUCAAUAUAUUCAAACGGCACCGCAACAAUUUAUCAAUCCUUCCGUACUCUUAGCAACUUCUACUGGACAACAAUAUCUUCAAUACUACCAACCACAAACGUCUCAGCACGUAAACUCUACUGCUAUAGUGCCACCUUCAACUUCACAACAUUCUCAACAACAAAUACCCCAAUAUUUAUCACCUGGAGCUAUAAUCUCACCGUCACAACCGCAUGGUCAACAACCUUCUAUUUCGAGUCGAUUCAAUCCAAGAAUCUAA